UUUUUUGUAUUUGUUCUCAGGACAAGUACCUUUACACACAAACUGCAUCUUUUAGUAUUUUGUGUGUGGAUUAUUUAAAAUUUGAUUGGUGGGACGUAAAAUGUUUCCACUUUAUUGUACCAUUUGUCUCAAUCCCAGGCAAUUUUCUAGCGUGACACAAGAGGAAACCGUCUGGGAGGAGGAGUCCAGGGUAAUAACAACGUAGCAGACUGUGUUUUGGCCCCGCCUGUUGCGGACAGAGAGGCUGCCAAAUGCCGCUUGAUUCCCUAAAGUAUUUUAAUCAUACCUUUUGGAUAAAGCAUCACAUGAAAAGCCAAGCAACAACCGAAUCUUACAAGUUAGUGCUUGUUUGCGAGGAUUGUUUACGUCCGGCACAUUUUAUUUUUACUGAGAUUUACUGGUGCCAUUUUCCAACACUGCAUGAAUUCGGUAUUUAUCUCCUGGUAGUUGCGUUUGACGUUAAAAGUGUAUACAUUUUGUUUUCUACGCGAACAUGAGCUUUCCACGGCGUUUCAAACAGGAAUGGACACUCAGCUUCGAAAUUCAUCGCCAUGCAGCCCAAGGUAUUCGUGGGAUGCUACAAAAUCCCCCCAAGACCUAUACAAGCACCCCAACCAUCCUCCACAAUCUGGAAUACUGAACACAAGAUUGACUUGCAUUGAUACAAACUAACAUUGACAGGGUUGGCUGCAUCAUGGUGUUUUCGAGAUUGGUUUAAGGCCCUCAGGAUAAACUUAUUCCUUGUGCCUGCAUGGGCAUUUGGCAGCAUCAGCUUUAUUGUUAGUGAGGAAGUCUCAACAGGCCUAGGAUGUCAGAAUGCCCAUAUCCCAGGACAAUGCCCUCAGCAUCCUUUCACUCCUCAAUGAGUGGCUUGGAGCUCAUGGCGAAAGAUCACACCAGAAGGACAACUUGAAACUGGAAACUGCCAUCUGUGUCAGCAAGGCCUGUGACCAGAAUGGAGAUAAAGUGUGCACUUGCAGUAAUAUCAAUGUGGGAAAUGUGUCCCUGUGUCUGGCUGCUAUCCAGAAGCUAGUAGAAUACAUCAACUUUAACUUUGUGGAGGAUCACACCGCUUCAUCGACUGAUCAGUCAUCCUCCAACGAAGGAUCAGAUGUUGAGGUUCAUUCUAUUUCUAUCAGGAAAAAUGAAUGCGAUCCAUCUGAUUUUGGUCUUAGCUUCGGAAACAUCCCAAUUUUUGGGGAUCCUGAUGGAAGAAAAAAAGGAGGACCAAGGAGGAGAAGAGAUCAGAGCCCCAUCAUGCAUGUGGGCUGCAUCUGGGUAACCGAAGUGAGAAAGGAAAGCCCAGCAGCCUACUCAGGCAGAAUUAAACUGAGAGAUGAAUUGCUGUCACUGAAUGGGCAGCUGAUGGUGGGAGUUGAUGUUAGUGGAGCCAGUUACCUGGCUGAUCAAUGCUGGAAUGGUGGCUAUAUUUGCCUUGUCUUGCUGCGGCGAGUCAAGCGAAAAGCUCCUCUCCCUCCCUGUGGUGUUGAUGACAGUCCAAGUACUCCCAUCAGUAAUGACUGCUGCGAUGACCAGCCGCAGUGCAUCACUUCUGUUGAGUCCAUUGAUAGUCCAGUAACGUGCAAACGUACUCGCAAAAUUGGGGUCACAUCACGGUCGCCCUGCAAAAGAAACAACAAAGAGGAUCCUGACUCCGAAUUUCAGAGUAAUUGUAGUGACUUCAGCUCUUCUAGCUUUGUCAAUAAAGGACUCAGCCCUUCGAAGGAAAACUCAGGGCAUGUCAUUUCCACACAUAUGCCAACCGAGGAAAAUUGUGGCACCUUUCCUCAUUUCAAAGUUACUCAUCAUCACCGCGGAGGCACUGCUACGCUGCCUUUAAGGAGUCACGGCAGUCAACUGUUGGAAAGCAAAAGGGAUUCUUUCUGCAGUCAACUUUCGAACCAGCCAAGCGAGGGUUGCCACAUCUGGAAAAUGCACCUAGUGAAGGGUCAAGAGGGCUUGGGCAUUCAGAUAACUGGUGGGCGUGGUUCCAAGCGCUCGCCUCAUGGUAUUAUCAUUGCUCAUAUUGAGGAGGGAAGAACAAUUCACAGGGACGGCCGUCUUCAAGCUGGUGAUGAGUUGCUUAUGAUUAAUGGUCAGUCACUAGUGGGUCUUACCCAUCAAGAGGCUGUUUCUAUCCUCCGCUCUUCAUCUGGUCUCGUCCAGCUCAUCGUUGCCAGCAGGGAGGAAUCUGAUGUCGGACUCCGUCACCACCCAUUCACCAGUUUACCAGAUCUGUUGACUAACCUGGACAAAGUCGAGGACACAUGCCAGACAGAGGCAGUCCAAGGAUCUUCCUGCAGUCCUGGAACCAUAAAGCUUUGCAGUCAAUCCCAGGUCAUAGGCGGUAGCAGUCGCUUGGAGUCAGUUGGUGAGGAUGAUGAGCUCUUUCUGGAGAAUGGUAUGAGCCGCUGUGGCGUUGCAGAGAAGUCCUCAAAGCCAGGCAGACGGAAACACUCCUUACCACAACACCUGGAUACUGCUGUAGAUAGACAGGAAUAUCAGAUCAUUAAGAAAUCAGCACGUUCGUUGAGCACCGUUCAAGUGGAAUCCCCAUGGCGACUUGCACAGCCAUCCAUUAUCUCCAGCAUAGUACUGAUGAAAGGCCAGGGCAAGUGCCUAGGAUUCAGUAUUGUUGGUGGCCAGGAUUCAUCUCGUGGUCAAAUGGGAAUUUUUGUAAAGACCAUUUUCUCUCAUGGUGCUGCAGCUGCUGAUGGACGCCUAAAAGAGGGAGAUGAGAUUCUGGAGGUAAAUGGAGAGUCUCUCCAAGGAAUGACCCAUCAACAAGCUAUCCAGACUUUCAAGCAACUGAAAAAAGGUGUUGUGACUCUGACAAUUCGAACUCGCCUGCGGAGCCCGAGUCUUACACCCUGUGCAACCCCAAGUAUCUGUAGCCGCUCCAGCUCACCCAACUCCAAUACCAGUGAGGGAACACCUCUUCCCUUUGGUAUUGAUGAGACUGAUGGCCAAAGGGGUCCUGGUCCAAAAGACUGCAUCAUCAUGGAGGUCACACUUGAUAAAGAGCCUGGUGUUGGCCUGGGGAUUGGAGUUUGUUUUCUUACUCCAUAUAACUCUGCUCCUGGCAUCUACAUCCAUAGCCUAGCUCUGGGUUCUGUUGCCAAGAUGGAUGGCAGGCUCAGUCGGGGAGAUCAGAUACUGGAGGUGGAUUCAGUCAGUCUUCGUUUUGCUGCCCUCAGUGAAGCAUACGCCAUCCUCAGUGAAUGUGGCCCUGGACCAGUGAGUCUCAUUAUUAGUCGUCACCCUAAUCCCAAAGUAUCAGAACAGGAGAUGGAUCAUUUCAUUGCUCAAUCCACACACAAGGGCAAAAUGAACAAGAGUCGACAUUCUUCUCAUUCCCAAGCAGGUUUUUCAAGUAAGAGAGAUGGAUCACCUGGCCUUAGUUGGACCAUGAAGAGAUUUCUUGAGCCGGCCAGUAGGCAGGGGUCUCUAAGCUCAGAGAAAGAGUUAUCACAAUACUUCUCACCGGAUAUUACCAGCCACCCAUUCCUGACGAAAUCUUUGGGCUCAACUAAAGAUGAGGCAAAUCAACAAACCAGCAACAUCUCCAUUGAUGACAUCGCAUCACAGCCUCCAGAAACUCCCACUUCUGGAAGCGAAAUGCAAUGUGACGCAUCACAAGACAAGACCCACGUCAUAUCUAAUUAUCCUCAGGAUGCAAUCAGCCGGCCAACUGUUGUGUUGAGUCACACAUCGCUGCAGAGCCCACUUCUUCAUCAGCGAAUGAUCAUUGAUUGUGAGAAUAAGCUGAGAAAAGAUGAGGACUCAACAAGUGGAGUUGCCGCAAUGCCACUGGAAGUAGACGAUCGCAGCAAUUGGGGGGAAUUACAGAUCUGUGCAAGCAAUGGCGUGACACUACCACUAGAUAGUUCUUCCAAUGAGUAUCACAAAGGCUUUCCAAAUGGCCAUGAAAUACCUAGUUCUGAGUCACCCUUUAUGCCAAUUCGUUUUCUUUCAAAGCACAAAGCAGCGGAAAAAGAUGAACAGUAUGUAUCGAAGCAUUCCCACAAGACUGAAGAUAACGCGGUGACGCUGGCCAAAGCUGUGUGGUGUGCUGAAGCUCCCAACUCCACUGAGCAGCAAAACCACGGCGCUACUUGUGCUUCAAAUGCUAAUCCAUUCCAGUCUAAUGCCCCACUGUGUGGAAAGAAAUCCAUGACUGCAAGUGGAUUGAUAAACAAUCAGCAGUGUAUUAAGGGAGGUUCAAGUGACAUUUUGGGUGUUUAUGCUAUUGAGACUGUAACCCUGACAAGAAAGAAGGAUGAAUCUUUUGGCCUGGAUCUGGAGAUCAUGUCAUCACCUCUGAAAGUUGUCAUCAAUGGGCUAAAGCCUGGAGGUGCGGCCGAAAGGGAAUCAAAAGGAGUCUUGUGUCCAGGUGAUGAGAUUGUCACCAUUGCUGAAAAAGUGGUGAGCUCCUGUGGGUACCAGGAAUUAUGUGAACUCAUGCAUAACCUUCCCACAACACUGUCUUUGGAUGUUAAAAAACCUGUCUCAGAUGGACUUUCCACAUUGACAGUGUCCUCUGGGAGCAGUGAUGGAGCCACAAGACUCAUUCCUGACGAAUCUGAAGAAUUAGGUGCCAAGACAGUUCAUGCUAACCGCAAACACCAAAUAAAGGAUGACUGCCAAAAUCCAGUCACCAACAUUGAUGAUAUCAUCUCACAAAUUAGACCCGUCAGUGACCCUGCAUGUGCCCCGUGCAUGUCUCAUGGAAAUACUUCUGAGAAAGAUCAUUUUGAAGUUCAAAUACUGUCACGUUCACAGUUCUGUUCGGUAGUGAACCCAGGAAAUGAAAAUGGGUGUCCUUUACAUGUGAACCCACUUCUUGAAAACAACUCGAAUGGAUUAUUCCCUGAAAAGUGGAUCGCUCCUCACAAAGGGAAAGACCCCAAAAGACUUCAUGAUAGUGAUUCUACUGGUGACUUAAAGUCACCACUGGACAUCGCUGUGACGCCCAGCAAAAUGGUCAGUGCCAGUUUGCAUCUUCAUGAGCCAUCCUCAAAGGGGAAUACAGUGGAACUCAAUUCCUCUGACAACCAAGCAUCCAUUGAUGAGGGAUAUGUACACCUCAAGACACUGUCAAAUAGAUCUUUACCUUCACAUCAUGCCGGUGAAAACAAAAGCCUGGACAGGAAUAACGAUAUGUUUGUCAGCUCCUCAGAGCUGACUAAGGAAGAAUGCUUGACGCGUUCCCCAUCAAUAGGGUUCACAGUCACAAGGACACCACCUUCACCUUCAUAUGUAACUCCUGAAUCACCUUUGGACGAUCACAAUACAGCCAUUGAGUCUGACUCUGACAAACUUCGAGCUUGUGAGACGCAUCAUCCCACACGCCUUUGUAUUCAUGGAAGCAUUUCCCCUCUUGAUAACUGUAUCAACUCCAGUAGCCCUGCAAUGUUGUCAGGUGGUGCCCUGCUCAACUCAGAUGUUUCGAAACGGAGACAUUUGAAAGCACAAAAAUCUGAAUUGACACCAGUGACAAACACUGACAGUGCGACCACUGACAGAUCAGAUACAGCAUUUUCGAAGACUCUGACCAACGAAGAAAAAAACUUAGAGUGUUGCCCAAAUUUAAGCACAAACACAAGCUCCAUUAUUAGGCAUCGUCGUCUAAACCUCCCAGACAAAUGUCAAAUCGAAACUCAGAUCAGAUCAGACUAUAGCCUUAAACAGAAGGGCCUAAGAGUAAAUAGUAAUAAUACCGGAGAAGUGCCAUUGCAUUGUCAUACCAAGAGUGAAAGUCCUGUCCUUUCAUCGACCAAUGAUAUCUCCUUUAACCAGCCUACAAAUUUACUCUCAGAGAAAACAUUAUCUCCCACUUUGCAGGCCAACAACCCACUUAAUAAGAACAGUGCUCUUUUAUCCACAGUUGCCGUCAGAAAGAUGGCACCUGCUAUCCCAGAUAACACAUUUGAAACUGUAGCGUCCAACAACAAAGAUAUCAAUAUAGAUGUCAAAGCAAUUUCAAAUUCCCAGCCACUGUCACACGCACCUGCAACUCAGAGAACAUUUAUCGAAGUUCAGUUAUCCUCUGCAUCUGGUGUGUCGCCUUUCAGGGCAAAAAAGCUCACAGUAGAUUCAAAUAACUCUCCAGCAACUCAAUUCAACACAGAUGCAACACCCGUGCUCCCAAAUUCAAAUUCCACAUUAGAUACAACAAAUGUCACUGUUGAUCAAAUAGUAUUCGAUGCAAUGAACCAAGGAACCAAGGAAAUUAAUCUAGGAUCAAGUAAUGACUUGAAAGCUGACACAGAGACGAGUGAUAACCCAGAGUCGACAACUUCCAACCUAUCCAAGAAGACCACGCUGAGGCCAAGUUUUGUCGCAAACGCUCCUUUUUCUGUGCACUACAACCCCUUCUCUGUCCAACACAAGAUAAAGUCAUUCGAAAACCUGGCUCACUUUGACAAGCCUAUUGUGAAAAGUAGUGACAUUCAGUCAUAUGCUUUGGCAAACAGGGCCUCGCUUAACCAAAGGAUUGCGGGUUACAUGGGCUUAAUUAAAUGUUCUGCUCACCGGGCACAACACCAUCGUUUCAGUUCCUAUGAAGACAAUUUAAUCUCAACGAGACCCUGCUCAUCACUGAAAUCACAGUCAAGCAUGACUUUAAAAAACCUCGAUCCUCCACGUGAGAGCUCGAGUGCAGGUUGCCUCUUCAAGAACAAUUUUGUCUCCAAAUUUGCAAAAGCUCCCGAUCCUCCACCAGAAACCCCGCCAGUGGUGCGGAGGAAAAAUGCCAAACUUUUCCACAACCGGUUGCGGCAAUCAAGGGCUCGCAGUAUGCCUGAAUUGGGAAAACUCUUCACGGGUGACAUGUUGACCAGGAUGGAUGGUUUCGCUGAUAAACCCGAACGCACCAUCCUUUCCGCUGCCACAGAGACUUUGUGCACUUCACCUUCUGCACUCCAAGCAAAAGUAGAGGUAACAAAAGGAAACCGAAGAAACACUGGAUCCACUCAAGAAACAACCGAGAGAAAAUUUGAGAUCCUUGAACCAUCUGAACAAUGGGAAGCACCUCGGCCUAUCAGGUUAAAAGUGCAAAACGCUUCUCCUGUCAGUCAGUCUAAAUUGCCAGCACUUGAGACAUCUACGACAAACAUGCCUGUCCGACAUCAGGAAACAAACAAUUUCAAAGAGGUUAACAAUGAUGCACACCUUGUAGUCCUUGAUAAAGAGGAAGGCUCAGGACUUGGAUUUAGUCUUGCUGGUGGGAGUGACCUUGAGCAGAAGACAAUCACCGUUCAUCGAGUCUUCAGCAAAGGAGCAGCCAGUCGAGAGGGCACGAUUCUGAGAGGUGACAGAAUUGUAUCAAUAAAUGGCACGUGUCUGGAUGGUAAAACCCAUGCUGAGGCCGUUUCUUGCCUACAUCAAGCUAAAUUAUCCAAGCAAGCCUUAGUAGUUAUUUGCAGAUGUGUGGUCGGUGAAAACAAUGCCACUGAAAAGCUUGACUCAGCCAGUCAGGAACAGAUGAGCUUAUCUGGCACCAAGAUGUCUUUGGAGACAAGUACAGAUCCACAUGGGGUUUUCAAAGUUGAGCUUCACAAGACGACUGCUGGCCUGGGGUUCAGCCUGGAUGGAGGAAAACACUCAAGUAAUGGUGACAAGCCCCUAACUGUAAAACGCAUCUUUAAAGGAGGUCCUGCUGAGCUGUCUGGGCGGCUGGAGGUUGGCGAUGAGGUCUUGUCAAUAAACGGAUUCUCUCUGGAAGGUCUCAUGCAUCAUGAUGCCUGGAAAAUGAUUAAAGCAACUAAUGAAGGGCCCAAUCACCUUGUCAUCCGCAAACUUGGUGCCUGGCUGUAAUUCUUAGAAGGAGGAACUUGAAACCACUUUCAAGAAAGAGAUCAAGUGCUACGAAACAAAGUAGUCGAGCUAAUGGGCAUUUUCUGCAGUCUUACAAAUGUUCUUUUACAAAUGUCUCUUGUUGUGUGAUUGUACUAUAUAUUGUUAUUACCUGACGUUUGUAAUGUACCAAGUGAGAUGUGUCUCCAGGUUUGUUCACAUUGUAUUUAAUAUUGAUUGAAUGUGAUUUGCAAUUAAAAUGAUGUAAUUUUUUU